UAAAUAGCAAUAUUUGAUUUGAGAGAAGAGAACAUAACUUGGUAGCUUACAUUUGAGAGAAAGCCAAAAAGAUGUGUUGCAAUUAUUCCAUGAGUGUUAGAGUGUUGGUGGCAUUGUUGUUGUGUGCAUCACUCUCCAUCAACGCUCAGCUCAGUACCACGUUCUACUUCCGAACAUGUCCCAAUUUGCAACAUAUUGUCUUUGAUGUCGUGGCUAAGGCUUCCUUUUCUGAUCCACGAAUUGGUGCCAGCCUCAUCAGGCUUCACUUCCAUGACUGCUUUGUUCAAGGUUGUGAUGCAUCAAUUUUGCUGAACAAGACAGCAACAAUAGAUAGCGAACAAGAUGCAUUUGCAAAUACCAAUUCAAUAAGGGGUUUGGAUGUGAUCAACAACGUCAAGAAAUCUGUUGAAAAUUUUUGUCCCGGAACAGUUUCUUGUGCGGAUAUUCUUGCUAUGGCAGCUGAAGUGUCUUCUGAUAUUGGAGGUGGUCCCCAAUGGAAAGUUCUAUUGGGAAGAAGAGACAGCUUAACAGCGAACCGAAGCCUUGCUAAUCAAAACAUUCCCGCACCAUUCUUCACACUCGAUCAACUUAAAGCUAGCUUUUUAGUACAAGUAUUAUAAUAAGUAAAUAUUAUUAUACUUACAGGUGCUCAUACAAUUGGAAGAGCUCACUGCAGAGUAUUUGUUAAUCGAUUAUACAAUUUCAACAACACAGGCAAUCCUGAUCCAACAUUGGACCCAGAUUAUUUACAAACAUUGCAAGAAAUAUGUCCCCAAAAUGGAAGUGGUGAUAGCCUAACCAAUUUGGAUGUUUCAACUCCAAAUACAUUGGACAACAGAUAUUACUCCAAUCUUAGGUCUGAAAGAGGAUUGCUUCAGAGUGAUCAAGAGCUUUAUUCAACUCCUGGGGCAGAUACCAUUUCCCUUGUUGAUACCUAUAGCAAUAACAAAAUUGCAUUCCAUCAACAAUUCGCACAGUCAAUGAUCAAAAUGGGUAAUAUUGGAGUGCUAACGGGAAAUCAAGGAGAGAUUCGAUCGCACUGUAACUUUGUUAAUGGGUCAUAAUAAGGUGGUGAUGCAUGAACAAUCGAUAAGUUCAAAAUAAUAAUAAGAUCUAUGUAGCUCAAUUUAAAUGACUCAAGUAUUAUUAUGUAUGUGGUGUGUACUAGUAUUAUGCUGUAUGCUUUAUUAUUGAAAUAAAUUGAAGUAGGGUGGAACAACCAUGCCAUGCAUGUUAAUACCCUUUUGUUCUGAUUAUAUUUAAUUACUUUGCAUAAAGGAAGAUGCUCCCGUAAAGACGCGUAAAAAGUCUUUUUGUAAAGACACUUAUGUGUUGCAUUAUUAUUGGACGUAUUAAUGAAUUGGUUAUUUUUGAAUUUCUUAAUAAAUUAGAAUAAAAUCGAUUUUUUUAUAA